AGAUACUUUUAAGUAUGACCAAUAGAAGCUCAGAACUAGCUAGACUGCGUCAUUGCUUCCUGCCUGCCAAGAGGAGCUAUUUUAGCUAAGUGAAGCUGAGCAGAUAAGAGGAAGUCUAAACCUUCUACAGAUUUGGGGCUAUGAAAGGAGCAUCUCGGAAGAAACUCCGUGGUGCACAAAAGGGCUGGGUGAAAGAUCAAACAAGAGGAACCCUCCUUUGCUAAGUCAUGAAACUGUGACCACAGCAAGAGCCAGGAAAGUGUGGGGGGUGCAGGUUAACCAAAGCACCCAUGCAAACACCAGGGUGUUUAUGGAGUGCAACAACUACUCCUAAAUUCAACUAAAAUAUGAUGCCUGAAAAUCCCCACCCUGAAGAAUACAGGAUUGCAUCACUGGUCUUCUACAGCUUUGUAUUCACAGUGGGAUUGUUGGUGAAUGCCACUGCACUAUGGGUUUUUAGCUGCACUACCAAGAAGAGAACAACUAUAACUGUAUAUAUGAUGAAUGUGGCAUUGCUUGACAUGAUUUUUAUCUUUUCCUUGCCUUUUCGGAUAAUCUACCAUGGGAAAGAAAUGUGGCCUUUCGGAGAUAUAUUCUGUCGGAUUAUCAGUGCUUUCACUAUAUUUUACCCAGCCAUUGCUCUGUGGUUGCUCACUUUUAUAAGUGUAGACAGAUUUAUGGCUAUUGUCCAGCCCAAACAUGUCAAAGAACUAAAAAAUACAAAAAAAGCUGUGCUGGCUUGCAUUGGAAUCUGGGUAAUGACCCUUGCAACAACAUCCCCAUUGCUGUUUUUACAAUCUGAUCCAGACAAAGCCUCAAAUUUCACCACCUGCAUAAAAAUGCUUGAUAUCAUCCAUUUAAAGGAAGUAAACACACUGAACUUUUCUCGCUUGAUUUUUUUCUUCUUGAUUCCCUUGUUUAUUAUGAUGGGGUGUUACUUCGUCAUUAUUUACAAUUUUAUCCACGGCAAGACUUCCAAACUGAAGCCUAAGGCCAAGGAGAGAUCCAUAAGAAUUAUAGUUACUCUGAUUGCUCAAGUACUCAUCUGCUUUGUACCCUUCCACAUUUGCUUCGCCUUCCUGAUGUUGCAAGAUGAAGGUACAACUUACAAUCCCUGGGCAGCCUUUACCACCUUUCUCAUGAAUCUCAGUACAUGCUUGGAUGUUAUACUGUACUAUAUUGUUUCUAAACAAUUUCAGGCAAGAGUCAUCAGUGUAAUCCUUUAUCGCAACUACCUUCGAAGUGUGCGCAGGAAAAGUUUUCGAACUGGAAGUGUAAGAUCACUCAAUAAUAUGAACAGUGAAAUGAUAUAGAAAGAGAAAAAAUGCCAGCGGACUUUUAUAGUGUAAACAAGCAAUUCUUUUUCCAAAUUCUAGCAUUUUUACUACACUGAAGAAUGUUCUAUAGCCAGAAGUGAGAUAUAUUUGUUUUACUGUAAAUAUGAGAAAAGCAGAAUAAUAAUUGCACCUCUUUAUACUUGCUCAAUGGCUUUUGUAAAUCUGAAAUUAACUACAACCUAGUAUUGGUGUUAAACUUUCCAAUGCCUUUGUCAUCUCAAAAGAUCAUUAAUAUUGUCAGACAUGAAAAAGUGACUAUUAGUACAAUAAAGCAGACAACACUGAAGAACUAUGAUGCAACAUAGAUAUUAAUUUUUUAUAUUUGCACAACCAAAUGCUCCUGAAACUACUGUAUAUCCCACACUUCUAAAGUUAGCUUCAUUCUCUCAAGAUCAAUGUUAGCAUGACUUAAAC